AUGCUGGGCCCCUCCGCAGCUCAGUGUUAGUUAACUCCUUGUUAUCCUCUAUGUGGAUGUGAGUGUGUUGACUGGUGGAGCCCUGGGGUGGAGGCGUCUCUAUGCUUGUUGGAAGUUCACACACACACACACACACACACACACACACACACACAGUUUACACACCGUGCGGGGACAGAGAGGUGGUGAUUGACAGUGAUUGAGGGUUGCCUCUCAGGGGCCCCUCUGUCCUGUGUGUUUACAGUGUACUAUAAGGCCUACAUGAGGAGUUCACAGCACACACAGCAUUGUCUGAGCGAGCCGUGUUCCUCGCCUCAGGGCUCGCUGUGAUCCCACCAUGAACCUGCGCUGUUGAAGGCCCCACCCCCUUCACACACGCUGAACACACACACACAUGCCGAACACACACACGCCAAACACACACCGAACACACACACAUGCCGAACACACACACGCCACACACACACACCGAUCACACACACGCCAAACACACACCGAACACACACACAUGCCGAACACACACACGCCGAACACACUCACACGCACACACCAUACUGUUUGAAUUGUAAUAUGUGCCCUACCUGGAGAGUUCGUUCCCUGGUCCCUGUUGAAAUCGUACUCCGCUCACUAAUCCUUCCCCUCUCUCACAUCGGGACCCAGUUAAUGUAAAGUGUAACCAAAUUUCCUCUGCUAAACUAAAACAUCUAUAUCAAGUGAAAGCCAAGUGCCCCAUUGAAGGGAAAAGGCGUUGUGCUCUGGCGAUUUAGAGGCGAGAGCAGCAAUUGGGACAACUCACUGGGGCUUACAUGGAGCCCUUGUUUCAGUGUUUUAUGCGUAUGAUGGUUUGAAUUUCCUUUUCAACAUGUUGAGUUGAGGUAUUUCUGAAAGAAAAGCCUCACAUCAAUAAUUUUCCCUAUUCUGGUAAUGACUCGUGAAUAAAGUUUAGGCCUAACGUGUGGAAAUGGAAUAGAAAAUGUUUCUCUUUGGAUGUUAGUCUCGUGGUUUUCUGAUUGACAUUUAGAGAGAAGCUUUUGGAACAUAAGCCGAAUCAGAUUGUCAAAACACUUGAUGGACUAGUUUAAGUUGUUGAUAAUACCGUGAGAAGAAUUCUACUUAGUGAACAAAGCUUGAUGAACUGAAUGUAUCCAGGUUAGAGAAUGGAUCCUGCUGUUCAGACCAAUCUUUUUUAUAUUAUAUUUGGGCUACCAGUAUUGGACCUACAGUAUGUGGAGAGUCUACUACCAGUAUUGGACCUACAGUAUGUGGAGAGUCUACUACCAGUAUUGGACCUACAGUAUGUGGAGAGUCUACUACCAGUAUUGGACCUACAGUAUGUGGAGAGUCUACUACCAGUAUUAGACCUACAGUAUGUGGAGAGUCUACUACCAGUAUUAGACCUAAAUGACGUAAAUGUAAAUGUAAAUGUGGAGAGUCUACUUCUUUGUCUUGGAGUGGCCAAGGCUCACUAAGUGUACAAUUAGAUAAUAGUCGAUCGAUAAGGUUGUUGUUGUUGCUCUGGAAAGUGUUGUUUUAGGUAGUAAAGUGAUAGAAGGAGAAAAAGGUGAGGGAGGGAGAAAGAGAGAGAGGGACAGGAGACAGAGAGAGAAGGACGAGAAGAGAGAGAGAGAAGGAGAGAGAAGGAUAGAAAGAGAGAAGGGGGAUAGAUAGAGACGCAGACCUCCUUGCCCUCUGACUGAGGGACCCUGUCCAGACCUUUCCUAACAGAGGGACCCUGUCCAGACCUUUCCUAACAGAGGGACCCUGUCCAGACCUUUCCUAACAGAGGGACCCUGUCCAGACCUUUCCUAACAGAGGGACCCUGUCCAGACCUUUCCUAACAGAGGGACCCUAUCCAGACCUUUCCUAGCAGAGGGACCCUGUCCAGACCUUUCCUAACAGAGGGACCCUGUCCAGACCUUUCCUAACAGAGGGACCCUGUCCAGACCUUUCCUAACAGAGGGACCCUGUCCAGACCUUUCCUAACAGAGGGACCCUGUCCAGACCUUUCCUAACAGAGGGACCCUGUCCAGACCUUUCCUAACAGAGGGACCCUGUCCAGACCUUUCCUAACAGAGGGACCCUAUCCAGACCUUUCCUAGCAGAGGGACCCUGUCCAGACCUUUCCUAACAGAGGGACCCUGUCCAGACCUUUCCUAGCAGAGGGACCCUGUCCAGACCUUUCCUAACAGAGGGACCCUGUCAGACCCCUAACAGAGGACCUCCAGACCUUUCCUACAGGGACCUGUCAGACCUUCCUACGAAGGACCUGUCAGCUUCUAGCAAGGGACCCUGUAACUUUCCAACAAGGGACCUUCCAGACUUCAAUGCUUUUGCACAGAAAGUAGCCUGUAAGGAAAAAGGCUCUGGUUAACUUUACACACCAUUUGAAUGUUUUGACCUUGUUAGAGGAAAUAGUCUGUACAGUUCAAAAAAAAUCACACAUGUUAAUCAUGUAUGAAGGUAUUCAUGCUGAACACGUCAUGUGUGGCCUUGACUCAAAUGUUUAGUUUAUUCAAAUAGAGAGACAAAAAAUUGUCACUUUUGUGGGAUUCAAUCAGAUCACACAUGGUGGGAAAUGCGGCUUUUAAACACCAUUUCCAAUUGAGCCGAUAUAUGCAGCAUUUACCGUUGUCGAGAAUGAGCAAUCGGAUUGAAUCCCGGCCUAAAACGGUUGUCUGUGUGUACAUUUGAAGAGUAAUUUGUGUUAGGCUUUAUCGUAUGAGUGCUUCUCAGUGGAUUCAUUUGGUUCCAACAUGUCCCACCCAUUUUCAUCCAAAGAACAAGGGCGCCUGCUCCCUAAUCAAUGACAAAACAGGAUUUCAAAAAGAGUCUUUAACAUUUUUAUCCCCCUCUCAGGCUACAAACUAGGCAACUAAGCAGUUAGGCCCUAGUCUCCCAGAGGGCUGAAUGGUCUGGCAGUGUGCUGAGGGUGGAGGGGCUGGUUAUAAGACAGUAGAGGUUAGACUGCAAUAAGACUUAGUGAGACGUAGAACCUCUAGUCUGAAUAAAACAUGAAGUCCCUGUGGUCACGUCAUUCCUGGAAAUAGUCAUUCCAGGAAAUAGCAGUUAAAUGCGUGCUGAUGUUUUGUAAACUCUAGUCUAAUCUGCUCCUACUAUUAUAUGUGUUGUAAACUCUAGUCUAAUCUGCUCCUACUAUUAUAUGUGUUGUAAACUCUAGUAUAAUCUGCUCCUACUAUUAUAUGUGUUGUAAACUCUAGUAUAAUCUGCUCCUACUAUUAUAUGUGUUGUAAACUCUAGUCUAAUCUGCUCCUACUAUUAUAUGUGUUGUAAACUCUAGUAUAAUCUGCUCCUACUAUUAUAUGUGUUGUAAACUCUAGUCUAAUCUGCUCCUACUAUUUAUUAUAUGUGUUGUAAACUCUAGUCUAAUCCGCUCCUACUAUUAUAUGUGUUGUAAACUCUAGUAUAAUCUGCUCCUACUAUUAUAUGUGUUGUAAACUCUAGUCUAAUCUGCUCCUACUAUUAUAUGUGUUGUAAACUCUAGUAUAAUCUGCUCCUACUAUUAUAUGUGUUGUAAACUCUAGUCUAAUCUGCUCCUACUAUUAUAUGUGUUGUAAACUCUAGUAUAAUCUGCUCCUACUAUUAUAUGUGUUGUAAACUCUAGUAUAAUCUGCUCCUACUAUUAUAUGUGUUGUAAACUCUAGUCUAAUCUGCUCCUACUAUUAUAUGUGUUGUAAACUCUAGUCUAAUCCGCUCCUACUAUUAUAUGUGUUGUAAACUCUAGUAUAAUCUGCUCCUACUAUUAUAUGUGUUGUAAACUCUAGUCUAAUCUGCUCCUACUAUUAUAUGUGUUGUAAACUCUAGUAUAAUCUGCUCCUACUAUUAUAUGUGUUGUAAACUCUAGUCUAAUCUGCUCCUACUAUUAUAUGUGUUGUAAACUCUAGUCUAAUCCGCUCCUACUAUUAUAUGUGUUGUAAACUCUAGUAUAAUCUGCUCCUACUAUUAUAUGUGUUGUAAACUCUAGUCUAAUCUGCUCCUACUAUUAUAUGUGUUGUAAACUCUAGUCUAAUCUGCUCCUACUAUUAUAUGUGUUGUAAACUCUAGUAUAAUCUGCUCCUACUAUUAUAUGUAAAUGUAAAUAUGUGUUGUAAACUCUAGUAUAAUCUGCUCCUACUAUACUACCACACGUAAUCAACCCCCCCCGUUCCCCCCACCCAGGCUGCAUCCCAAAUGGCACCCUAUUCUCUAUAUAGUACACUACUUUUGACUAGAGCCCAGGGCCCUAUAGGGAAUAGGGUGCCAUUUGAGACGCAACCCCGGUUAUAGAGAACAGGCCGGGCCCUGCCUUUAAGCUGUAACAGCUUUUUUCUUGAUGUCAUGUCCUGUCACUCUCUGUGUGAACUAAUGAACACCUGUCUGUAGGCUACUGCCAGGAGGGAAUGGAAUACUAUAUUUUGUAUGUUUACGACUGAAAAUAACUUUAAUAACUUUAAUAAGUUUGCUAUUUUCAGGCACAACAUCAAUAGAGUAAUCUAGAAUGACACAAUGAAAGAAAGGGAUGUCUACGUCUUCAUGUGUGCUGAGAGCUAAACUCUCCUCUUUCCUCUCUCUCUCUCUCUCUCUCUCUCUCUCUCUCUCUCUCUCUCUCUCUCUCUCUCUCUCUCUCUCUCUCUCUCUCUCUCUCUCUCCUCUCUCCUCUCUCUACUCUCUCUCUACUCUCUCCUCUCUCUCUCUCUCUCUCCUCUCUCCUCUCUCUCUCCUCUCUCCUCGUUCUACUCUCUCUCUCUCUCUCUCUCGUCUCUCUCUCUCUCUCUCUCUCUCUCUCUCUCUCUCUCUCUCUUUCCUCUCUCUCCUCUCUCUGUUUGUAGUCCUUAUGAGGAGUUGGUGAGAGUGAUGAACUCUGAGCAGGAAAGGCCGUUUGUGUGCAGUGCCCCUGGCUGUUCUCAGGUGAGUGUCGACACACGUCUGUGUGUGUUUUUUGUGUGUGUGUGUGUGUGGUGUGUGCUCGUGCAUGUUUGUGUGUGAGCGCCUGUAACAUGAAGAAGAGGAUGGAGAGGGGGCCUGAAGAGUAGGUUGCUGCCUCGCACAUCAGGAGAAACAGAAUAGCACCCACUUCCAGUGAAACCCCAGCUGUAAAUAAAGGGGCUUUUUGCUGCAGAUGUGAAAAACACCACAGAAUAAUGGUUAAGAAGUCAAUGCCACGUCUGUCACGCUUUUGUUAGGAUGCACAGUAGAGGUGAAAUAUGAAGUUAAAAUAUGUAUUGUCCUGUUUUAUAUUGAUGUAAGGCUUUAAGGUAUAGAUUAUAGAGGAGUCAUUAUAGACUUAAUAAAUGUAUUUUCAUACUGUAUGUUCAGUGUUAAACUCCCAGGUAUUUUGUCCACAUGCUGGAGACAUUAAGAAGAUAGAUUACCGCAAAACAACACAUUUUUACUUACUCAAUGAUCAUAGACAACCACAAAAUUCACAGGAAUUUGUUUCUGGAGUGCAGUAUUCCUUUAACUGUCUCUGUGCAUGCUUUUUUAACCUGGAAUUCACACUAGUGAAUAUCAUACAAAAUAUCACUGAAUAUCACUGGAUUCCAGGCUUGAGACUCUGUGCGUAGAGAACUGAGUGGUUGUGUUCUUUAUCGAGGAGGACCACAUUGGAAAAUAACUAUAUUUAUUUUAAAAUAACUAUAUUUAUUGUUUCCUGUGUUAUCCUCUUUUUUUUAACAGUACAAUUGUCUUUACCCCAAAAUGAAUCUAAUAAUUCUGUCCCAACAGCGAUUCCCCACAGAGGACCACCUGAUGAUUCACCGGCACAAGCAUGAGAUGACCCUGAAGUUUCCCUCCAUAAAGAUCGACAACAUGUUAUCAGGUGACAAACGGCUUCAGACAUCCCAUGCUGUAACAUCACUCUCUAGUGUGCAUCCCAACUGGCACCCUAUUCCCUAUGUAGUGCACUACAUUUGACCAGGGCCCAUAAUAGGAUUUCAUUUGGGACAUAGCCUCUAGUCUAAUAGUCUAGUCCCAUCGUGGUGUUCUGGAAUAGAUGAAUGUUGUAUUUCUCUCUCAGGAAGUAGCAACUGUCCCCGCCAGGCAUAUAGUAAGUCAGGCUAUAAACAGAACUGUGUAGCCUACACCAGGGUUGGGGUUGAUUCCGUUUUUGAUUCAGUCAAUUCAAUGAAAUUCACUUAAUUAAUGACUGAAUUCAGGCCAACUGUGCUGUGCGUUGUGUUCAGGAGAGUUUGUGGUUGACUGCUAUACUGUACCUCGACUCUGUUGUGGCUCUCCUCAUUUCCCAACGGUGAAAGCCUCGUUGUGUAUUGAGUCUAAUCUGUAACCCAUACCUUGUCGUUCUGAAGUGCUCAGCAGGACAAUGAGACACUGAUGAAAUUCAUGUUUUUCCUUUUUCCAAGUUAAGAUACAUGUUUUGUCAUAGACAACAUUUCUCUUUCUUGCUAAGUUGUGCUGCUGGCUUCCUGUCAUCAUCACAUAUCUCAUUAGUCUUGCUGUGACAGUGGGGAGGGGAUGAAUGGGUGGAGGGGUGGUGGAGGGGGGGGUUCCCCUGCCCUGCCCCACCAUACAGAGGGGAGGAGAAGGGGUGUGGUUGGGGGUGACAUAUUGACCCACAGUUCAAAGGAAGACCUGAUUUAUACUGUCUGUCAAUCCCAAGGCAAAGUCAUACUUCCAGAUCUUUAGUGCCUAGACAGAGCCCUGCUGAAGCAACAGAAGACUGGUGUGUGUGUAUGUGGUAUGAUGUAGAUAUAUGUGUGUGUGUAUAUAUAGAUGUAUUUAAAAGUGUAUUUGAGGUUUAAUAAGUCUUCUGAAGUACUACUAUAUCAACCCCUACAAAAAUGUCCAUUAAUUAUAAUCCACAUAAUAACUGUACUUUCCUGUUGCUGCAGGAUUCUUUUCCUGCUGUACACUCUUAGAAAAAAUGGGUCCAAAAGGGUUCUUCGGCUGUCCCCAUAGGAGAUCCCUUUUUGGUUCCAGGGAGAACCCUUUUUGGGGCCACGUAGAACCCUUUUGGGUUCCAUGUAGAACCGUCUGUGGAAAGGGUUCUACCUGGAACCAAAAAGAGUUAUUCUUCAAAGAGUGUUGCAAAUUGGCUCAAAUUAGGAUACUAAAUGUAUGUAUGUACAGUGCCUUCAGAAAGUAUACACACCCCUUCACUUAUUCCACAUGUUGUUGUGCUACAGCCUGAAUUCAAAAUUGAUUACAUAAAAAACAUUUUCUCACCCAUCUACACACAAUACCCCAUAAUGACAAAGUGAAAACAUGUUUUUAGGAAUUUUUGCAAAUGUAUUGAAAAUUAAAUACAUAAAUAUCACAUUUACAUACGUAUUCACAGCCCUGAGUCAAUACGUGUUAGAAUCACCUUUGGCAGCAAUUACAGCUGUGAGUCUUUCUGGGUAAGUCACUAAGCGCUUUGCACACCUGGAUUGUACAAUAUUUGCCCUUUAUUCUUUUCAAAUUAUUCAAGCUGCUGUCAAAUUGGUUUGGUUGAUCAUUGGCCAGACAACCCCAUUUCAAUCAUCUUGACAAGGAUUCUUGCAAAAAAUUGAAUAACCUUACCAACAUGGCCUGAAAGGGAUGUUCAAUGUCCUUGAUCUUUUCUGUUACCCGCUGCAAAAAAUUAAUAACUUACAUCAUGCUGAAAGGGAUGUUCAAUGUCUGCUCUUUUCUUUUACCCAUCUACCAAUAGGUGCCGUUCUUUGCGAGUUAUUGGAAAACCUCCCUGGUCUUUGUGGUUGAAUCUGUGUUUGAAAUGCACUGCUCAACUGAGAGACCUUACAGAUAAUUGUAUGUGUGGAGUACAGAGAUUAGGUAGUCAUUCAAAAUCAUGUUAAACACUAUUAUUGCACACAGAGUGAGUCCAGAGUGAGUCCAUUUACUCCUGAACUUAUUUAAGCUUGCCAUAACAAAGGGGGUGAAUACUUAUUGACUCAAGACAUUACAGCUUUUCAUUUUUAAUUAAUUUGUAAACAUUUUGAAAAACAUGAUUCCACUUUGUGUAGGCCAGUGACAAAAAAAACAAAUUUUAAUCAAUUUUAAAUUCAGGCUGUAACACAACAAAAUGUGGAAAAAGUCAAGGGGUGUGAAUACUUUCUGAAGGCACUGUGUGUAUGUAUGUGUGUGUGUGUGUGUGUGUGUGUGUGUGUGUGUGUGUGUGUGUGUGUGUGUGUGUGUGUGUGUGUUAGGGUGAUGCUGACUGAGAUUGUCUUCUUUAUUAUUUACACUGAGCGACCAGGAGAAUCAGGUUUCUGUCCCGGCUGAGUCAGUGUCCUCAUUCCCCACUCUCUCUCUCUUACUGCUCUGUCCAUUUCUCUUACUGAAAGAGGGUCGACGAUCAUAAGUCACCUGUCUGUCUGACUCUCCUGUUUAGGGUUAACACAACUUCAACAUGUCACCCAGAGAGAUUUAAACUGCCCCAGACCCUUUCCCCUUUUUGAUAUGUAACACCAAAGCUUACCUCAUUUUACCAAGGUUUGGCCUGUUUCUCCUAACAUCCGCGGUGAGUUGUCACGUCAUCAUACUUCUCUGGAAAUGGACACCGCUGGCGCUCCAGUUUUUAAAAACGUUUUAAUGGAAGAGUUAAGCUCUCAUCCUCCCUAUUGGGAAAGCCAGACUGUUUUGGUCAAACUGUAUUUUGGUCGUCAAUCCCCAGUCUAGCCAGAAUGGAUAAACAGCCCGUGGUGGAGUAUACUUUUAGCCUUUGAAAAGGACUUGAUCCUAAAAUCACCUUGGACUGUCUGAAACAUGAUCCAGUCUCUCUGGUCUCUCUGCCCCCUGAUGCUGAGUGGAGUAACACUGCCUGACUGAAGGGAACAAAUGGGCCCCCCCUCUCUGUAGGUGAGGUCUGGACAUUGUUAACUGAAAUGUUGCUAUUGAGAGUGGUAUCUGUGUCUAAUGUAAAAGGAGAGUGGCUUUGCUAACCAUUUGGAACGAUCAUUAGCUUGGCAAUGUAUUCUCUGCCUCUGUCCACUUCGUAUUCAUCAGCUGUUCUUCUUUAUCGACAAACUAUCACAACUUAACAGUUCAGGCAACGGACAAAAACAAGUCAUUUUUAGCUAACAUUAUUAGAGUUGAAAAUGUUGUGUGUGUCCCUCUCACGGCUAGUUAACAAACAUGCAGUGCAGAUAUAUAUACAAAUGUAUUGUUUUAUACACUAUUUAACUUUUUUUUUUUCUGUUUCUAGAAUGAAUGCUUUCCUGACCAAGAUAGACAAUUUUUUUGUCAAUUUGCUACCUGCUAGGAUGCUAAUAUCCGUUCUAGUGAGUUGUAUAUGUAAUUCUAUGGUGUCUCCUGUGUUCCAGACCAGACGCCAACCCCGACGCGCUUCCUGAAGAACUGUGAGGAGGUGGGUCUGUUCAGCGAGCUGGACUGUUCUAUAGAACAGGAGUUCAGGAAGGCCCAGGAGGAAGAGGACAACAAACAGGUAGACAAGAUGACAAUAAGACAACUAACCUGAUUAUCAGGUAGACAAGAUGACAAUAAGACAACUAACCUGAUUAUCAGGUAGACACGAUGACAGUAAAACAACUAACCUGAUUAUCAGGUAGACACGAUGACAGUAAGACAACUAACCUGAUUAUCAGGUAGACACGAUGACAGUAAGACAACUAACCUGAUUAUCAGGUAGACACGAUGACAGUAAGACAACUAACCUGAUUAUCAGGUAGACACGAUGACAGUAAGACAACUACCCUGAUUAUCUUUUUGAACUAUCUCCAAAAAGUUUUGGGACACUGUAAAGUCCUUCCGUAGCCUCCAACUGCUCUUAAACGCUAGUAAAACUAAAUGCAUGCUCUUCAAUCGAACGCUGCUUGCACCCGCCCGCCCGACUAGAAUCACUACUCUCGGUGGGUCUGACUUAGAAUAUGUGGACAACUACAAAUACCUAGGUGUCUGGUUAGACUGUAAACUCUCCUUCCAGACUCACAUUAAGAAUCUCCAAUCCAAAGGUAAAUCUAGAAUCAGCUUCCUAUUUCGCAACAAAGCCUCCUUCACUCAUGCUGCCAAACAUGCCCUCGUAAAACUGACUAUCCUACCGAUCCUUGACUUCGGCGAUGUAAUUUACAAAAUAGCCUCCAACACUCUACUCAGCAAAUUGGAUGUAGUCUAUCAAAGUGCCAUUUGUUUUGUCACCAAAGCCCCAUAUACUACCCACCAUUGUGACCUGUACGCUCUCGUUGGCUGGCCCUCACUACAUAUUCGUCGCCAAACCCACUGGCUCCAGGUCAUCUAUAAAUCACUGCUAGGCAAAUCCUUGCCUUAUCUUAGCUCAUUGGUCACCAUAGCAACACCCACCCGUAGUAUGCGUUCCAGCAGGUAUAUCUCACUGGUCAUCCCCAAAGCCAACACCUCCUUUGGCCGCCAUUCCUUCCAGUUCUCUGCUGCCAAUGACUGGAACGAACUGCAAACAUCUCUGAAGCUGGAGACACUUAUCUCCCUCACUAACUUUAAGCAUCAGUUGUCAGAGCAGCUUACCGAUCACUGCAUCUGUACAUAGCCCAUCUGAAAUUAGCCCACCCAACUACCUAAUUCCCAUAUUGUUAUUUAUUUUGCUCAUUUGCACCCCAGUAUCUCUAUUUGCACAUCAUCUUCUGCACAUCUAUCACUCCAGUGUUAAUACUAAAUUGUAAUUGUUUUGCACUAUGGCCUAUUUAUUGCCUUACCUCCAUAACUUGCUACAUUUGCACACACUGUAUAUAUAUUUUCUAUUGUGUUAUUGACUGUACGUUUUGUUUAUCCCAUAUGUAACUGUGUUGUUGUUGUUUUUAUCGCACUGCUUUGCUUUAUCUUGGCCAGGUCGCAGUUGUAAAUGAGAACUUAUUCUCAACUGACUUACCUGGUUAAAUAGAGGUUAAAUAAAAUAAAAUAAAUAAAAAUCAGGUAGACACGAUGACAGUAAGACAACUAACCUGAUUAUCAGGUAGACAAUAUAACAGUAAUACAACUAACCUGAUUAUCAGGUAGACAAGAUGACAGUAAGACUAACCUGAUGAAGCCCACCUUCCAUUUCUAUACACUAUUCUGCACAAUGACAAUUAUUUAAAUGAAGGUUGGCCAUUGUCUUUCCAAGUGUGAGGGUUUUUCUCUUCAGGUAGAGAAGAUGAGAGUAAGAAAUACAAACCUGCUUAUUGAAUGCCUCGUUGGUUCACUUUUUAUACAGUAUUCUGCACAAUUAUUGAAUCAAGGUCGGUCGUUGUUUUACGUUGUUUUAGGUGUGAGGUAUGCCUUCGGAAAGUAUUCAGACUCCUUGACUUUUUUCCACAUUUUGUUAACAGUAACAGCCUUAUUCUAAAAUGGAUUAAAUCUUAUUUUUUUAUCAGCAAUCUACACACAAUACCCCAUAAUGACAAAGCGAAAACAAGUUUUUAGACAUUUUUGCAAAUGUAUUAAAAACUGAAAACAGAAAUACCUUAUUUACAUAAGUAUUCAGACCCUUUGCUAUGAGACUCGAAAUUGAGCUCAGGUGCAUCCUGUUUCCGUUGAUCAUCCUUGAGAUGUUUCUACAACUUGAUUGGAGUCCACCUGUGGUAAAUUCAAAUGAUUAGACAUGAUUUGGAAAGGCACACACCUGUCUAUAUAAGGUCCCACAGUUGACGGUGCAUGUCAGAGCAAAAACCAAGCCAUGAGGUCGAAGGAAUUUGUGAUGCGUGUGAUAGAAGGAGUCAGGCGCAGGAGAGUAAUACGCAUCCAAAGAGUUUAUUCCGUCGAUAAACAGUUGCGCAAACAUGCGACAACAAAACUCAGGCACAGGGGAAAUAUCUACCCUGGCAACAACAAGGUAAGGGUAGCUCAACCGAGCUACAAACAGCUCACUACAAACAAUCACCCACACAGACAAGGAAGCAGAGGGAACACUUAUACAAUGACUAAUUUGGGAUAAGGACCAGGUGUGUGUGAUUAAUUAGACAAGAUAAGUGGAGUGAUGAUAAAUGGAUCGGCAGCAGCUAGUAAGCUGGUGACGACGAACGCCGAAACCUGCCCGAACAAGGAGGGGAGGCAGCCUCGGCUGACAGAAUUGUCCGUAGAGCUCCGAGACAGGAUUGUGUCGAGGCACAGAUCUGGGGAAGGUCCCCAAGAACACAGUGCUCUCCAUCAUUCUUAAAUGGAAGAAGUUUGGAACCACCAAGACGCUUCCUAGAGCUGGCCGCCCGGCCAAACUGAGCAAUCGGGGGAGAAGGAGAAGAACCUAAUGGGUUCCUCUGUGGAGAUGUGAGAACCUUCCAGAAGGACAACCAUCUCUGCAGCACUCCACCAAUCAGGCCUUUAUGGUAGAGUGGCUAGACGGAAGCACAUGACACGCCCGCUUGGAGUUUGGCAAAAGGCACCUAAAGACUCUCAGACCAUGAGAAACAAGAUUCUCUGGUCUGAUGAAACCAAGAUUGAACUCUUUGGCCUGAAUGCCAAGCGUCACAUCUGGAGUAAACCUGGAACCAUCCCUACAGUGAAGCAUGGUGAUGGCAGCAUCAUGCUGUGAGGAUGUUUUUCAGCGGCAGGGACUGGGAGACUAGUCACGAUCGAGGCAAAGAUGAACGGAGCAAAGUACAGAGAGACUCUUGAUGAAAACCUGCUCCAGAGUGCUCAGGACCUCAGACUGGGGCGAAGGUUCACCUUCCAACAGGACAACAUUUACAUUUACAUUUUAGUCAUUUAGCAGACGCUCUUAUCUAGAGCGACGUACAGUUAGUGAGUGCAUACAUUAUUUUUUUAUUUUUCAUACUGGCCCCCCGUGGGAAUCAAACCCACAACCCUGGCGUUGCAAACGCCAUGCUUUUCCAACUGAGCUACAUCCCUGCCGGCCAUUCCCCCCCUACCCUGGACGACACUGGGCCGAUUGUGCGCCGCCCCAUGGCACACAGCCAAGACAACGCAGGAGUGGCUUCGGGACAAGUCUCUGAAUGUCCUUGAGUGGCCUAGCCAGAGCUCGGACUUGAACCCGAUCGAACAUCUCUGGAGAGACCUGAAAAUAGCUGUGCAGCAACGCUCCCCAUCCAACCUGACAGAGCUUGAGAGGAUCUGCAGAGAAGAAUGGGAGAUACUCCCCAAAUACAGGUGUGCCAAGCUUGUAGUGUCAUACCCAAGAAGACUCAAUGCUGUAUUCGCUGUCAAAGGUGCUUCAACAAAGUACUUAGUAAAGGGUCUGAAUACUUAUGUAAAUGUGAUAUUUCAUUUAUUUUUAUUUUUAUAAAUUUGCAAAAAUGUCUGAAAACCUGUUUUUGCUUUGUCAUUGUGGGGUAUUGUGUGUACAUUGAUGAGGGAAAAAAACGAUUUAAUCAAUUUUAGAAUAAGGCUAUAACGUAACAAAAUGUGGAAAAAGUUAAGGGGUCUGAAUACUUUCCGAAGACACUGUAUAUGUGUUUUGGAUGCUCAGUUUUCCUGCCAGAACCAUCAGCUGAAUUAGACACACUGCUGUGCACAGGGCCUUCACCUGUGUUUAUCUCUGGAGUACAGUAAGAUAAGGCCAGGGGAACCCCAGAGUACAGUAAGAUAAGGCCAGGGGAACCCCGGGUCAACCCACAGCUGCAGGCAGACAGGUGUGUUAUGGGUAGUCCCCCUUUAUCUUGCACUGUCAUCAUUCUUCAAUCCCCCAGCCACCACACACACAUUCCAGGCAGGUAUCUGUACACACACUGUCAUCAUUCAAUCCCCCAGCCACCACACACACAUUCCAGGCAGGUAUCUGUACACACACUGUCAUCAUUCAAUCCCCCAGCCACCACACACACAUUCCAGGCAGGUAACUGUGCACACACUGUCAUCAUUCUUCAAUCCCCCAGCCUCCACACACACACUCCAGGCAGGUAACUACUUCCUGAAACACUCAUAGCAGGCACAAGCAUGCACACGCACAUUCACGCAAGUCAUCUCCUAACCAAUUGUAACAAACUCCCAUCAGGGGAUACACUGUGCUUGCUAGCUCACACACUCACAACAGGUAGACUCUACCCACCCCUAUUCCCACUCACAUGUCGGGAUUCAACCACUGUGUUGCAGCAAGAGCCCCGACAGGCAGAUAGACAGACAGACAGGCAGAUAGACAGACAGACAGACAGACAGACAGACAGACAGACAGACAGACAGACAGACAGACAGACAGACAGACAGACAGACAGACAGACAGACAGACAGACAGGCAGACAGACAGACAGACAGGCAGGCAGACAGGCAGACAGGCAGACAGACAGACAGACAGGCAGACAGGCAGGCAGGCAGACAGACAGACAGACAGGCAGACAGACAGACAGACAGACAGACAGACAGACAGACAGACAGACAGACAGACAGAGAGGUGAAGGGCUGUGACUGCUACAGGAGAGGUGAGGAGGGAGCAGGAUAUCAGAUUCCCCCAGGCAGCUGCUGUACUGUAAACAGCUCACUUCAUCUCUCAGAAACACAGAUAGAGGGAUUCACGUUUCCUCCUGGUCCAGACUCAGACAGACAGCCGCAGACAGACAGCAGCUUGAGACAGCGAGACCAGGCUGUACGCCAGACAGACAGACAGCCAGACCUGCACACUCGUCAUGUGUCUGCGACAUGUGUGGCUCACCAGCAGUCACCACUCACCACAGUCUCAGAACAGUGAGGUCCGAUUGGACUCCAAGGUAGUUGUUAAUGUAUUAUGGGUCAAUGUUAAGAACUCUUUACCUGUGACACUAUGUCACAACACAGCUACACUGUAUCUCUCUGUCUCAGACUGCUGAUCCGGUGUCUGGUCUGGGGGAGAUGGGGAUACAUGCUGUAGGCUGUAGCUCUGCUGACCUCUGGGUCUGGGUUUGGCUCUGGAGGCUUUCUGUGUCAGUCAGGGCACCCAGGCCACGUCUAGCCUCCCCAGUCCCCCAAGUCUGGCGGUGUGGUGUUUAUGGUUGAGGAGCUGUGCUCAGUCAGCACGACUGGGAGGCGAGUCUCGGCAGGACUGUGGAGUACACAGCAUAGCAGCAUAUCAGGGGAGAGAGAGGAGAAAGGUUGGUUUAAGUUCAAGAGAGCAUAGCUCACAACAGUACACUCUUAGAAAAAAAAGGUGCUAUCUAAAACCAAAAAAGGGUUAUUCGGCUGUCCCCAUAGGAGAACCCUUUGAAGAACCCCUUUUGGUUCCAGGUAGAACCCUUUUGGUUCCAGGUAGAACACUUUCCACAGAGGGUUCUACGUGGAACCCAAAAGAGUGUAGAAGUUGCUACAUCAGCAGUCUGAAAACCUGACCUUAAUAACCCUUGCAUCCAUAGCUCUGUCUAUGCAUUUGAGAGUGGUUACAUUUCUCCCGUCCCAUCCACCCUCAGCUUUUUACCAAAACAGAGAUAGGGAGAACACUUUGAUAUUGUUUCAAUUGCUGAUUGCUGCAUUCAGGCUCUUCGUGAGGAAAGUGACUGAGCAGUACAGGGGUUACAGUGAAGCUUUGUAACUUUGACAUUUAAACUUUGACAUUUACACUAAAUGAACUUAAAGACUAAUUAUUGCAGUUGGCUGUUAACAAUGUGUUCUGACUAGGUCCUCUCUCUCUCUCCUCUCUCUCUCUCUCUCUCUCUCUCUCUCUCUCUCUCUCUCUCUCUCUCCUCCCCUCCCCCACUCCCUCUCUCUCUCUCUCUCUAUCUCUCUCUCUCUCUCUCUCUCUCUCUCUCCCUCCCUCUCUCCAGAACAUCUCUCUACAGAACCUGCAGAACCAGCAGCAUCACUCUCGGAUGGGGAACCAUGACAACAGCAUAGUGAUCCAGCAGGCCCUGCCCUCUCCCCAGUCCAGCUCUGUCAUCACCCAGGCCCCCUCCACCAACAGACAGAUAGGGUGAGGCCUCCAGUCCACAAUGCCUGGAUUAACCAAUACAUUAACUAACAUUAGACCUGGGUCAAAUACAGUACAUGUCAAAUAUGCUAUUUUAGUAUGCUUACUUUAGCUUGAAGUGUUUCACUUUUGGGACUAUUGCUUCCAUCUAUCCUCUGUGGUUAGUCUAGAGAACUACUCUGCCUUUUCUCUGUCUGAUAUUCAGUACAGUGAUAUGAGGAUGUCCUUUUCAGCAGUGGCCCAGUGAUUGGCAUCCUUGUGUAGUCUCUGAGGUCACACCAGUGUUCUGUUACAUCUGGAGCUGUGUGUGUGUGUGUGUCUGUGUGUGUGUAUUGUGUAUCUUUCUGUGUGUGUAAGUGUGUGUGUGUGUGCGCAUCUGUGUGUGUGUGUGUUACUGACAAGGCGAUUCAUGUUUAGCUGUUGACUGUGUAUUGUCCCACAGCAGAGCAGAGCAUGUCAAGAGGGGCCCAGGGGAGAGGGAUGAGGUCAUCUCUGAUGGCCCCGGCCCGGCCCUGGCUGCUUUUACAGCGGUUUAGCAUUUCAUGCUCCAAAAUAGUCCCUUUAUUUCUUUCACUUUAGGAGGGGGAAGUCACACAAUAACUGCCUUUGGUUUAGAUGUUUCGAUCCUUGUUGCAACUGAAAGCCUUGUCACGCAGCUUCUUAAAAACAGGGUUAUGAUUGAAUUCAGCGUGAAACAUGUGAAUUCAAAUCAAAUCAAAUCAAAUCAAAUUGUAUUGGUCACAUGCGCCGAAUACAACAGGUGCAGACAUUACAGUGAAAUGCUUACUUACAGCCCUUAACCAACAGUGCAUUUAUUUUAAACAAAAAAAGUAAGAAUAAAACAACAACAAAAAAAGUGUUGAGAAAAAAAGAGCAGAAGUAAAAUAAAGUGACAGUAGGGAGGCUAUAUAUACAGUAAAAUAAAGUGACAGUAGGGAGGCUAUAUAUACAGGGGGGUACCGUUGCAGAGUCAAUGUGCGGGGGCACCGGCUAGUUGAGGUAGUUGAGGUAAUAUGUACAUGUGGGUAGAGUUAAAGUGACUAUGCAUAAAUACUUAACAGAGUAGCAGCAGCGUAAAAAGGAUGGGUGGGGGGGCAGUGCAAAUAGUCCGGGUAGCCAUGAUUAGCUGUUCAGGAGUCUUAUGGCUUGGGGGUAGAAGCUGUUGAGAAGUCUUUUGGACCUAGACUUGGCACUCCGGUACCGCUUGCCGUGCGGUAGCAGAGAGAACAGUCUAUGACUAGGGUGGCUGGAGUCUUUGACAAUUUUGAGGGCCUUCCUCUGACACCGCCUGGUAUAGAGGUCCUGGAUGGCAGGGAGCUUUGCCCCAGUUAUGUACUGGGCCGUACGCACUACCCUCUGUAGUGCCUUGCGGUCAGAGGCUAAGCAGUUGCCAUACCAGGCGGUGAUGCAACCAGUCAGGAUGCUCUCGAUGGUGCAGCUGUAGAAUUUUUUGAGGAUCUGAGGACCCAUGCCAAAUCUUUUUAGUCUCCUGAGGGGGAAUAGGCUUUGUCGUGCCCUCUUCACGACUGUCUUGGUGUGUUUGGACCAUGAUAGUUCGUUGGUGAUGUGGACACCAAGGAACUUGAAGCUCUCAACCUGUUCCACUACAGCCCCGUCGAUGAGAAUGGGGGCGUGCUCAGUCCUCUUUUUUUUCCUGUAGUCCACAAUCAUCUCCUUUGUCUUGGUCACGUUGAGGGAGAGGUUGUUGUCCUGGCACCACACGGCCAGAUCUCUGACCUCCUCCCUAUAGGCUGUCUCAUCGUUGUCGGUGAUCAGGCCUACCACUGUUGUGUCGUCGGCAAACUUAAUGAUGGUGUUGGAGUCGUGCCUGGCCAUGCAGUCAUGGGUGAACAGAGAGUACAGGAGGGGACUGAGCACGCACCCCUGAGGGGCCCCCGUGUUGAGGAUCAGUGUGGCAGAUGUGUUGUUACCUACCCUUACCACCUGGGGGCGGCCCGUCAGGAAGUCCAGGAUCCAGUUGCAGAGGGAGGUGUUUAGUCCCAGGAUCCUUAGCUUAGUGAUGAGCUUAGAGGGCACUAUGGUGUUGAAUGCUGAGCUGUAGUCAAUGAAUAGCAUUCUCACGUAGGUGUUCCUCUUGUCCAGGUGGGAAAGGGCAGUGUGGAGUGCGAUAGAGAUUGCAUCGUCUGUGGAUCUGUUGGGGCGGUAUGCAAAUUGGAGUGGGUCUAGGGCUUCUGGGAUUAUGCUGUUGAUGUGAGCCAUGACCAGUCUUUCAAAGCACUUCAUGGCUACAGACGUCAGUGCUACGGGUCGGUAGUCAUUUAGGCAGGUUAUCUUAGAGUUCUUGGGCACGGGGACUAUGGUGGUCUGCUUGAAACAUGUUGGUAUUACAGACUCAGUCAGGGACAUGUUGAAAAUGUCAGUGAAGACACUUGCCAGUUGGUCAGCACAUGCUCGGAGUACACGUCCUGGUAAUCCGUCUGGCCCUGCGGCCUUGUGAAUGUUGACCUGCUUAAAAGUCUUACUCACAUCGGCUACGGAGAGCGUGAUCACAUAGUCGUCCGGAACAGCUGGUGCUCUCAUGCAUGCUUCAGUGUUGCUUGCCUCGAAGCGAGCAUAGAAGUGGUUUAGCUCGUCUGGUAGGCUUGUGUCACUGGGCAGCUCGCGGCUGUGCUUCCCUUUGUAGUCUGUAAUAGUUUUCAAGCCCUGCCACAUCCGACGAGCGUCAAAGCCAGUGUAGUAUGAUUCAAUCUUAGACCUGUAUUGACUCUUUGCCUGUUUGAUGGUUCGUCGGAGGUCAUAGCGGGAUUUCUUAUAAGCGUCCGGGUUAGAGUCCCGUUCCUUGAAAGCGGCAGCUCUACCCUUUAGCUCAGUGCGGAUGUUUCCUGUAAUCCAUGGCUUCUGGUUGGGGUAUGUACGUACGGUCACUGUGGGGACGACAUCAUCGAUGCACUUAUUGAUGAAGCCAGUGACUGAUGUGGUGUACUCCUCAAAGUGCUUAUACAGGCUGAUGAACAGGGUUCGUAAUGGUAGUGUAGGGUCAGAGGACUGUUCAAUUAUCCUUCAGUCAGCUUCUUACUCUACGGGUUGAAUUAACAUUAAAAAAGUUUCCCUGAGGUAAAAAAAGUAUUUUCCAAAAGAAGACCUAAAGCGUAUGUAUGAAAAAAUGUAUGCACUCACUAACUGUAAGUGGCUCUGGAUAAGAGCGUCUGCUAAAUGACUAACAUGUAAAUGUAUGUGUCUAGUUGGGGAGUUGGGGAGUUUAACAUUAAUGCUUGUUGACGUUUGUACAUCUGUGAGCUCUUGAGUUCAGACCUCUGUGCUGUAGAAAUAGUCAGGAUGGGUGUUGGGUGUGCCCCACCAUGAUGUCAUAGACCCUCGUCCCGCACCCCUGGGGUGAUAUCAGCUUUUUUGGGGGAACGCCUUCAUUGCGCUCCCAUCCACUGACCUGUGUCUUGAGUUGAUGUUGUUUCCUCUCUCUCUCUCUCUCUCUCUCUCUCUCUCUCUCUCUCUCUCUCUCUCUCUCUCUCUCUCUCUCUCUCUCUCUCUCUCUUCUUCUCUCUUCUCUUUGUGUCAGUCUAUCUUUCAUUGAUAAUUGACACCUGAAUCACACAUACUGUACAUAAUGCAGUCACACAAGCACAUGCACACAUACACGCGUACGCACGCACACACACACGUACGUACGUGCACACACACACACACACCACACACACACACACACACACACACACACACACACACACACACAGGGGUGGAUGUGAGUGCGCAGACCCACGAGCCACUGCGGCCCCUCAUGAUGAGUUCAGAUGUUUUGUGGCCCCCACCCCCAUCAUAGUUGCCCAUCCCUGCUCUAAGGGAUCAGAAGUCAGAAACACCAUGCAACAAUUACAAUGCUUUAUUCACUGAAUCUGUGUUUGUUUCAGUCAUAGCCUAUUGUUCUCUCUCUCUGUCUCUCUCCCCCUCGCUCUCUCUCUCUCUCUGUCUCUCUCCCCCUCACUCGCUCUCUCUCUCUCUCUCUCAGUCUCUCUCCCCCCUCUCUCUCUCUCCCCCCCCUCGCUCUCUCUCUCUCUCUCUGUCUCUCUCCCCCCUCUCUCUCUCUCUCCCCCUCGCUCUCUCGUUCUCUCCCUCGCUCUCUGUGCGUGCUGUUAUCUUUAAAACAUGCAGUCUAGAAGUGGAAUAACAUGAUGUCUUGGACUAGAAGGUAGCCCUAUAGUCUGUCCUGUGUUGAGCCAGACCUAUAGUCCUGUGUUAAGCCAGCGUUGUGUUAAGCCAGCAUUGUGUUAAGGCAGCUCUGUGUUAAGGCAGCUCUGUGUUAAGCCAGCGUUGUGUUAAGGCAGCGUUGUGUUAAGGCAGCUCUGUGUUAAGGCAGCUCUGUGUUAAGCCAGCGUUGUGUUAAGGCAGCGUUGUGUUAAGGCAGCUCUGUGUUAAGGCAGCUCUGUGUUAAGCCAGCAUUGUGUUAAGGCAGCUCUGUGUUAAGGCAGCUCUGUUUUAAGCCAGUAUUGUGUUAAGGCAGCAUUGUGUUAAGCCAGCAUUGUGUUAAGGCAGCAUUGUGUUAAGGUAGCAUUGUGCAUAGAUAAUAAACAGAGAGUAGCAGCCAUUUGAUUAGAUGUUCAGGAGUCUUAUGGCUUGGGGGUAGAAGCUGUUUAAAAGCCUCUUGGCCCUAGACUUGGCGCUCUGGUACCGCUUGCCGUGCGGUAGCAGAGAGAACAGUCUAUGACUAGGGUGGCUGGAGUCUUUGACAAUUUUGAGGGCCUUCCUCUGACACCGCCUGGUAUAGAGGUCCUGGAUGGCAGGAAGCUUGGCCCCAGUGAUGUACUGGACCGUACGCACUACCCUCUGUAGUGCCUUGCGGUCGGAGGCCGAGCAGUUGCCAUACCAGGCAAUGAUGCAACCAGUCAGGAUGCUCUCGAUGGUGCAGCUGUAGAACCUUUUGAGGAUCUGAGGACCCAUGUCAAAUCUUUUCAGUCUGUGUUAAGCCAGCAUUGUGUUAAGACAGCUCUGUGUUUAGCCAGCCUGUGUCCAGUCAGGCCUGUGUAGUUUUACCACUGGUUGGAAGAAGACAUGGGCUGUACCAAAUGGCACCGUAUUCCCAUAGGGCUCUGGUCCAAAGUAGUGCUCUAUAUAGAGAAUAGGGCAUCAUUUGGGACGUAGCCCUGGUGAAUAUUGGAUGUGGGAGCCAUCAGUAAGCCUGACUGACACCCCUAUACAGGCUCUUUGUACAGGAGAGGACAGGGGUGGAAUUACAUCCCCUUGGCUUGGAGGAGAAGAAAUCACUGUCUGCCAGUAAAAAGAGACAUAAGGCUGUGCUGAGAGAGACAGGCCUGUUUUACCUGACUUAACCUGUCAUCAAAGACUCCCCACCUCGCUGGAGAGGAGGAGCAUGGAUAGGAAGACUCACCACUUCAGCAUUUUUAGGGAAUACAGUUGAACAUCAGCCAGCUGGCUAAAUCUGGCACAUUUACAGAAAGGUUCAGCAGCGUGCAUUGUCUCUGUCAAAUAAGCUUAAUAAACUAAAGUACGUUUUAGUUGGUCAACUUUAUUCUAUAGUACAGAUUCAUCCAUUUGAAUGUGGUUGAGAUCGUCAGAAAAUCAGCAACUUUGUGGCAUGUGUUCACAGUUAAACCUCAGCUAUGGCGUAAGCCUCUGCUAAAUGUAUCUUCUGUAUGGCAUUGCCUGAUCAGGCUGUUUUUAGAUUUGUCUGUUUUGGGAUUGUUCUGAACGUGCCAAUGCAUUGUGGUGCGGUGGUAAUAGUCUGGGGAAUCACUUGGUGUCUGUGUGGCGGUCAGUGCUGGUCACUGAGAUGCCAGAUGGAGGCAGAAUGCAGCUGUUUUAGGGAUAUUUACAGCAAAUACCAUCAGGAAUACCCUAACAUGGAAACAACGUCAGACACAGUAAGCAAAAUGAGUUUAUGAAUACACAUAUAGGGGAAAACCCAAUGUAUAGGAAACAUGUAACUGAGAAACCCUUCAUUUUCAGAGGGUUAUAAGAAAUAUGUAACUGAGAAACCCUUCAGUUUCAGAGGGUUAUAAGAAACCUGUAACUGAGAAACCCUUCAGUUUCAGAGGGUUAUAAGAAACCUGUAACUGAGAAACCCUUCAGUUUCAGAGGGUUAUAAGAAACCUGUAACUGAGAAACCCUUCAGUUUCAGAGGGUUAUAAGAAACAUGUAACUGAGAAACGCCAGGUAGCCGGGCGGUUAAAAGCGUUGGGCCAGUAACUGAAAGGCCUGAUCCGACUAGGUGAAAUAUCUGUUGCUGUGCCCUUGAGCAAGGCACUUAACCCUAAUUGCUCCUGUAAGUCUGCUAAAUUGUAACUGAGGGGAGAAACCCUUCAGUUUCAAAGGGUUAUAAGAAACCUGUAACUGAGAAACCCUUCAGUUUCAGAGGUUAUAAACCUGUAACUGAGAAACCUUUCAUUUUCAGAGGGUUAUAAACCUGUAACUGAGAAACCUUUCAGUUUCAGAGGGUUAUAAACCUGUAACUGAGAAACCUUUCAGUUUCAGAGGGCUGUAACUGAGAAACCUUUCAGUUUCAGAGGGCUGUAACUGAGAAACGGUUCAGUUUCAGAGGGUUAUAAACCUGUAACUGAGAAACGGUUCAGUGUUAGAUGUUAAUAUUGGAUUUUGUGCUGCAAAAGGGAAUGAAUGAAGCCAAGCUAUACUAGAUAAGCAGGGAAGCCCCUACCACUCUGACUCAUGCUCUGACAGCGAGGGACAGAAAGAGACAAAGGGGUUACCCUGACCCUGCAGCAGGACAGGAGCCAGCUGUUUGCAACAAGUACCAUGGAACCACAUCACAUGACCAGGAAACAAUCGUU